ACAAGCAAAUCCGAGGGAGAAACAAUUAAUAACUUUGACUGGGAAGCUUGAGACAGAAGUGGAACUCAAAGCUUCGGCUGGAAAGUUUCAUCACAUGUACGCUGGGAGACCACACCAUGUCUCCAAAGCAUCUCCAGGUAACAUUCAGGGUUGUGAUCUGCACGAAGGAGAUUGGGGCAAAGUCGGCUCUAUUGUCUUCUGGAACUACGUUCAUGAUGGGGAGGCAAAGGUGGCAAAGGAGAGAAUCGAGGCAGUGGACCCAGCGAAAAACUUGAUCACGUUCAGGGUUAUAGAAGGUGAUCUCAUGAAAGAGUACAAAAGCUUCUUGCUCACGAUCCAGGUGACCCCUAAGGAAGGAGGGACUGGGAGUAUUGUGCACUGGCACCUUGAGUACGAGAAAAUUAGCGACGAGGUUGCUCAUCCCGAAACUCUCCUCCAGUUCUGUGUCGAAGUUUCCAAAGAGAUCGACGAGCAUCUCUUAGCCGAGGAGUAG